AUGGGUUUAUUUCGCCAUUUGAAGACUAGCGGGAAGAAGAAAAAAGGGCCAGCGAGCGACAAGCAAACCGAGGAGCCACCAGAGGAGUUGUUCUCGACGGCAGGCGCAUACGGACUCAAAACGGUAGCGGAAGGAGCGACUGAUACCGUAGAUAUCGUGUUUUUUCACGGCCUUACGAGUAAUCGCGAAAUCACCUGGACAUACAAUAAGACAAUUUUCUGGCCCGAAGACCUCCUUGCGAAUGACCUCAAAAACGUACGCAUCUUCACCUUUGGAUACGACGCAGAUGUAGUCAAGCUCCUCACCGUAGCCGGCGGCAACACCGUACGCGACCACGGCAAAUCUCUCGCGCAAGACCUUUCUUUGCGAAGAGCAGAAACAAAUACAAGCAACCGUCCAGCAAUCUUCGUAGCCCACAGCCUCGGUGGCCUAGUCGUCGAGCAAGCCCUCCUAAUCUCACGCGGAACCUCCCAACUGCACGUGAAAGCACUCCUAACCUCCACCUUCGGCAUCGCCUUCAUGGGAACCCCCCACCUCGGCUCACGAAAAGCAGACUGGGCAGCCCCACUAACCCGUCUCUCCUCUCUCGUCCUCAAAACCAACCGAGAAAUCGUCGGUGUGCUGGAACCAGCGUGA